AUGUCAACACACGCUUUAAGGAUUCCAGAGUAUGCCUUGGGCCACUACUCGCCCAACGACAAGGUAGUGAUUACGGGUAGUUUUGACAAUUGGGAACACAUGAAUCACAUUCUAGAAUUCAACGAUAGCGAGAAAAGCUACGUUGUGACGAUCCCAGGUGGAGAUUCAGAUAGCAUAAUCUUCAAGUUUGUGAUAAAUGAUAAAGAAUGGGUUUGUCUGCCCUAUUUCGAGACUCAAAUUGACAGCAGAGGCCUCGUCAACAACAUUUUGCGGUGGCAAGACUACACUGACGAGUGUCUCGACAAUAUCACGAUUUCCAGCGCGGCGCCUGGUCCUGAAAACCCUCCAGAGCGGCCUAGGACGCAGACAUCUGACGGCAGCGACGGCUUGGCCGGUAUCAACGCGGAAUUUGCAGCCUCCAAGUCGGAGUGCGCCCCUUUUGCGACCAGUCCUGGCCCGAGAUCGGCCUUGCAAGCCACGCAAUCCUCACCUGUGGAGCACGACUAUAUCCAUGUUUCCUCCCAAGAUGAGCUGAGCAGCACGGAAAACUUAGAUUUGACCUUCCAAGACAGUUGUGGCUCUGCUGGCGAGCCCGUGGCGCCUGGUUCUUCCCACGAUUCGCGCGAACUGCAGGAAGAAUCGCCUCCUUCGUCUCAAAAGCGACUACAGUCGCUAGUUUCCGUGGUCAAACGUGUAAAAAUGUACUGGAGUGGCUGA